GGAGCUGGUCAUGCAGGGAGCUCUGGUUCGCAUUCUCUCUCUGCUGCUGGCGCCGCUGCUGCUGGCCUCUGCGCGCGGCUUGCACAAUGCCUCCCAGAGGACGUUCAAGAUCGACUACAGCAGGGACCGCUUCCUCAAGGAUGGCCAGCCAUUUCGCUAUAUCUCGGGAAGCAUUCACUACUCCCGUGUGCCCCGCUUCUACUGGAAGGACCGGCUGCUGAAGAUGAGGAUGGCUGGGCUGAACGCCAUCCAGACGUAUGUGCCCUGGAACUUUCACGAGCCCCAGGCAGGACAGUACCAGUUUUCUGAGGACCAUGAUGUAGAAUAUUUUAUUCAGCUGGCUCAUGAGCUGGGACUGCUGGUUAUCCUGAGGCCUGGGCCCUACAUCUGUGCGGAGUGGGACAUGGGAGGAUUCCCUGCUUGGCUAUUAGAGAAAGAAUCUAUUAUUCUCCGCUCUUCUGACCCAGAUUACCUUGCAGCUGUGGACAAGUGGUUGGGAGUCCUUCUACCCAAAAUGAAGCCUCUUCUCUAUCAGAAUGGAGGGCCAAUUAUAACAGUGCAGGUUGAAAAUGAAUAUGGCAGCUACUUUGCCUGUGACUAUGAUUACCUGCGUUUCUUGCAGAAGCGCUUCCGCUCCCACCUGGGUAACGAGGUGGUUCUGUUCACCACUGACGGGGCCAGUGAAAAAUACCUGAAGUGCGGGGCCCUGAUGGGCCUCUACGCCACCGUGGACUUUGGAGUAGGCAGCAACAUCACAGCUGCUUUCCUACUCCAGAGGAAGAUUGAGCCCAAAGGACCCUUGAUCAAUUCUGAAUUCUAUACUGGCUGGCUAGACCACUGGGGCCAACCUCACUCGACAGUCAAGACUGAAGAAUUGGCUUCCUCCCUCUAUACUUUGCUUGCCAUUGGGGCAAAUGUGAACUUGUACAUGUUUAUGGGUGGGACCAAUUUUGCCUAUUGGAAUGGAGCCAACAUGCCCUAUGAAGCACAACCCACCAGCUAUGACUAUGACGCCCCACUGAGCGAGGCAGGGGACCUUACUGAGAAGUACUUUGCUCUGCGACAGGUUAUCAAGAAGUUUGAAAAAGUACCAGAAGGUAUUAUCCCCCCAUCCACACCAAAGUUUGCAUAUGGAAAAGUUGCUCUGAAAAAGUUAAAGACAGUGGAGGCAGCUCUGGACAUCCUAUGUCCCUCUGGGCCCAUAAAAAGCCUUUAUCCAUUGACAUUUAUCCAGGUGAAACAGUAUUAUGGGUUUGUGCUGUAUCGAACCACACUUCCUCGAGACUGCAGCAACCCAACACCCCUCUCUUCACCCCUCACUGGAAUCCACGAUCGGGCCUAUGUUGCUGUGGAUGGGGUCCCACAGGGAAUCCUUACGCGAUGCAAAUGGAUAGCUCUGAACAUAAUGGGGAAAGCUGGAGCCACUCUGGACCUUCUGGUGGAGAACAUGGGGCGUGUGAACUAUGGCAACUAUAUGAAUGAUUUUAAGGGCUUGGUUUCUAACCUGACCCUUGGCUCCCAUAUUCUCACGAACUGGACAAUCUUCCCGCUGGACACUGAGGAUGCAGUGCACAGCCACCUGCAGGACUGGGGCAAUGGUGACAGUGGCCACCGUGAUGAAGCCCAGGCGCAUGGCUCAUCUAACUACACACUACCAGCCUUUUAUGUGGGGAACUUCUCCAUUCCCACUGGGAUCCCAGACUUGCCCCAGGAUACCUUUAUCCAGUUUCCUGGUUGGACCAAGGGUCAGGUGUGGGUUAAUGGCUUUAACCUUGGCCGCUACUGGCCAGCAAGGGGUCCCCAGGUGACCUUGUUUGUGCCGAAGCACAUCCUGAGGAUCUCGGCCCCAAACACCAUUAUAGUGCUGGAACUGGAGCGUGCACCCUGCAGCAACAAUGGCUCAGAACUGUGCGCCGUGGAGUUCGUGGACAAACCGGUUAUUGACGCAGCUCCAACCCCCGAUCUCUGCAGGCCUGUUUAAUCAAGACUCAUGGCUGGACCAUGCGUGAUGACUAAAGACUGUGAUCCUUUGGGGAUUGAGCCCUACACAUACCUCUAAAAUCCCCCUUGUCAUGCCAGCAUUCACAAAAGAGUUAGAUUGGAAAACAAAUUCAGGGUGUGCGUUUUCACCUGCAGUUUCUCUGCAGCCCUGCAGCGCCUGACACCCCCACCCUCGGGGACCACCCAGUGUGUAAGGGAGGAGACAGCACAGUCAUGCACAGAGGUAUCUGCAGAGUUGGAAUGGGAGCUUUAAAGGCAUUUCUGAUUUUUAUUGUAAAGGAAUCAUGUCUUUUUUGUUAAAUAAAAUUUGUACUCAA